GCUGCACUGCCACAGGGAAGCUCAGCCUCAGCCAGGCUCAGGCUUUGUGGCUCUAGUGAGGGGACUCGGAACACGUGAAGAAUGGCGCACUCAUCAAGGUCAAAUGCAACAGACGGGCGCCCUAGGAUGAAGGAGGGCGCCAAGAUGGACGACCCCGAGGACCGGCUAUGCAACAUCUGCUGCGUGGAGCCGUCGGAUGUCUACUUUGUACCCUGCUGCCAUCAGAGCUGCGCGCAGUGUGUGCAGAAGCUUCGGAUAGCAAACAUUUACAAGGCUGAUAAAGGCGUUCGGUGUCCCUUCUGCCGCCAAGUAGUUGAGGGCUACAGUGAUACUCCUCCUGUCCUUCAAAAAGAAACAAAACCAGUUGUUGAGGCCCCUAAAGGCCCUGAUCCUCGGACACUCUAUGGGAGGAAUGGGAUCCAAUCGAUUGGCCAGGUCAAUGAGUAUGUGCCACCCCGGGGCAUCUCAGAGCAUAUUCCCACCUUAGACUCGUUACGAACAGAUGCAAUCCCAGAGGGUUAUAUUAUACCACCGCUGACCGCAAAGAAUGACGUUGUGGAUAUGAUUCACGACAAAACGGGUGCUCGUCAUCUUGACUUCAUGCUCAGAGAUACCUACCCGAAGAGCGGAAAAGUAGCUCGUCAAUGUGUAGUUUUGGGGCCUCAUCUUAGCAAAUUGGCGGCACAUCCUUUUGCAAACUAUGUGGUUCAACGCCUUCUAGACUAUGCCCACGCGCAUCGGGACGGCCCCGACGGGUGGCCGGGCGGUUUUUUGACCCUGCUCAAGGCAUUCUGUGCAAACGGGGGCCUUGUGGAAGCGGCCAAGGAGCAACGCGGAACUUUUGCUUGUCAGAGGCUGGCGUUAUGGCUGCGCACGCAAGAGGAUGUAGCUGUCUUCAUAACAAGCCUGAAAGGUCACAUGGUCACUCUGGCACUGGAUCCCCAUGCUUACUGGGUGAUUGAGCGCCUGGCAGAAUCGUUCAUCACGUCAUUAGCUGCUCCCGUGGGGGCGAAACGAAACAUCCCAAUUGCGGUGGCACUGAAAGGCCUGCAGAUAAUGUGCGAGGAUAUGGGGCCGCAAGCAGCACGGUUGUCAAAACAUCAGCAAGCCAGCAUGACCCUGGUUGAGUGCAUCCGUUGGUGCGUACCGGCGCCCGAAGCCAUGUCUGCUGCCAUGACGUUAGCGGAUUCCGCAAGGGAGAUUGUGGGGUCCCGGUACCCUAAUCGUGCAUUGCAAGGUUUGCUCACGUUAAACGUUCCGAUUAUUGCAGAAGCCAUUGUAACCCAAUUGCGAGGAAAGCAUGCGGAGCUGUGUCUCGAUAAGGGCCCCAGUCUCGGUCCGAAGCUGACCAAGUCCAUCCUGGCAACCCCCUGUGUGGGCGACGAGCAUCGCGUCGAGAUCGUGGACGAGCUGCUGCAUCCCGCCGUAAUCAUACCCAUCCUCGAGAACGUUUUCGCAACAGACACGCUAGCAUUUGGACUGGCCCUGCUGCCAAGAAGGUUUUUGGACGUCCGGCUGGAGCGCCUGAGCCACGUGGAGCGCCGCCACCCAUCCUUCAUCCUCGCCGAACUGAUCAAGCUCGUCCACCAGAACCGAGUCAUCUGCGGCAUCGUCAGUCAUCCCCAAAACGCUCGACCCAACGGAACGGGGGCAUCGAUCGCCCCCCAAAGCAGACCCCCAAGCGCGGAAGGGUUCCCAAAUCACGCGAACGGCCAGCCUUUACCCACUGGCUUCGUGCCGAAUCCCCCUCCGCGGGCGCAAUUGCCAAAGGACCUGUUUCAGAACUUGGAGGGUUUUGAGCCGGCACCCCCCCCGAUCGCAGCCCAGCCAAACCCCCCUCCAGUCACGAUUCCUGCAAUUCCGUCGGCGCCCCCCCCAGCCCCUUAUAGUGGUUCUGAACCAUCUUUGGUAAACAAUAGCCCCAUGCCACAGACCCCAGGACAGAGUAGAGUGAACUCCUUCGAGGGGGGUGGUUUUAGCAGCGGAAGCAGCCCCCCCGAGGGAUCGUACCUGCCCCCCCACAAGGCGGACAAGAUCAGGGAGCCGUCGGCUGUGUUUGUGCCGGGCCCCAAGGAGGCCAAUGGGGGAGCGCCACGUGUCGAUCCGCAGGAGGCGCUCGCCCGGGUGGAAAGGAACGCGGGGUACGUUCCGCCACACAUCCGCAAGGUCGCUGAGCAAGCGAAGGGCCCGGGCGCGCCCGCCCAGAAGACGCGGGACGGAGAUAUGUGCGGCAAGUGCAACGUCAGGCUGGCGAACAUGGUACUUCUGGACUGCGCCCACCUAUGCGCCUGCUCCAACUGCGCGCAAUUCCUCAGGAACUGCCCCACCUGCAACGCUCCGGUUAUGGGCGUCAUCGAGGUCGAGCUCCCCCCUCCCAAAGGCCCUGUUUCCGAGGCCCCCGCACCGAGCACCCCCACGGAGAGGCCGCCCGUCACGCCAACAGGGCCCCGGGAAGAUUCCCCCGCCCCGGCUCCCAGCACCCCCUCCCCCAAAGCGGGCCAGCAGCCGAACCGAGCGCGCGCCCCGUAUAACCCGCUGAAACCCACACAACCUCCGCAGCCGGGAUACGGGCAGGCGAGCGAUGCUUCUGAGGCGCAGCCAACGCAUCCUGCGCAGCAGAAUGGAUACGGGAUGAGCGGUCUGGCGCAGCCAAACGGGCCGAUCACAUUUCCGGCACAGAACGGGUUCAGGCAAGGGGCGCCUGCGGGAUCCGCUUUUGGGCAAGCAGGUCCAUCGCAAGCGGCACCAGUGUACCCCCCACCACCCAUGGCCGCUCCCUUUCCCGGCAGACCACAAGUGCCAGGUGGCAUGCCUGCAGCACUGCCAGCUGGCGUGCGGCGCCCUGCGCCAUAUCGCCCUCCCCUAGCUUAUCGGCCUCCCGGAGUGUAAGCGGCAGUACGGGGGCCGUAAAGAUCGUUGGGCUGGGACUGGAAGCCGCUACGAACAAGAUCCCGAAAAGAGCAGCAUCCGACUUAGGAACACGUGUCGGCGCCAAGGUGGUUGUGGGGGUCUGCCGGCAUUUGUGUACAGGAAGCAACGGGAGUGCGGAUUGGAAGAGACACUGGGUUUUUUGUGUCGAGAAAGCGUAAUCGGGCGGAAAAUUUUGUGAAAGUAGGGGGUUUUAUCUGGCCGAGAAGCGUAAUCGGGCGAAAAACUUUGUGAAAGGUAGGGGUUUUAUCUGGCCGGCAAGGGAGAGGUGUGGACACUGCAGAUCGUCAAGCUGUCCCGUUGCUCAUAGUUCUCUUUCCAGACGUCUCGUCUGUCACCUGACACUUCUGGCUCUUGUUGCUGAUCAAGCGCUUGAUGCACGGGUUUUGAUAAACCGGCGGCUUCUGUAUGAGAAAGUGCUGGUGUAGCUUCAUUGUCUUUGACUAUUGGAAUGGGUAAUGGUUACAGUGGUUGUAAGCAUGACCACCUUCUCAGGCAUUCUUGUCAGUGACUAGUAUCUAUAAACACACUUUGGGAUAUCAUUCUCAUCGAUCACAUGGAAGAGUUGUUGCCAGGCUGAGUUGGACUGAUCUAGCUUACACCAUGACGCUCAGGUUUGGUAAGGUAGCGAGGCGUUAGGAAAUCAAACCGACAUGGAUCCAUAUAGAUGCCAUGGAAAGCCUAUGCAUUAUGUGGCUGCGGCGUCUAAAAAGUCGGAGAGCAUAGCUACGUACAGAUAGGCUGCAUUGUCUCUCCUUGCAAGAUACUUCGCACAUGGCUGCAAGGUUGAUUUGUAGGUCACAAGCAAACAUUAGUACGAAAC